UAUUAUGGCAUUGUUGGAAUCGGAACCCCACCGCAAUAUUUCAAGUUACAGUUUGAUACUGGGUCACCAGUCAUCUGGGUCUGCAACGUGCACUGGGUGAAAGGACUCUCGAUGAUUCAAAAUAUGUACAACCCAUCGGAAUCGAGAACACACGGUGUCAAGAAUAGUCGGUAUUACGCUGAAUACGGUAACUACAUCGUUUCGGGUUAUAUCGCUUCGGAUAUCACAAAAGUUCAUAGUGGAUCGUUUCGCACAGAUUUUGCAGUGGUGGAUAGCCAUGACGGUCAAUCAGGGCAGCUUAAAUUUACAGACGGGCUGUUUGGACUUGCUGCAGGAUACGUUCAUCCGGGGUUUCGGUCAACAGCAUUGGAUGAUAUGCGCUCACAAGGGUUGAUCACGCGGCGCAUGUUUUCUUUUGUCUUCAAACGAGGCGGAGUUGAUGGAACUGUAAUAUUUGGAGAAUAUUCAAGGAGACAAAUUCCCGGAAGAGUUCACCACGUUCCCUUGGUCCUUAGUUCACCACAUGUCAAACACUGGAUCGUCCAGGUCGAAAGUAUUACUUGCGAGGAUGGUACUGCCUUGAUCGAAGGCUUCUCAGCGGUCCUGGACACCGGGUCCCCUAGGUCAUAUUUUCCCCAGCCAUUCGUCAGCCGUCUUUUCAGUGGUGAUUGGGCCAUAACGAAUGAAAAGGGAGACAUACCGUGUAGUGCCAUGCUGGAAAUGCCCAAGCUUAUAGUGAACUUGCAUAACCUUCACUUGUCUUGGCAUGCAACGCAAUACAUAAUACAGCGCGGGGCAGAAUGCUCGCCAGCGCAAGGACUCACA